AAUGGAACAGACCAGACAGACUCAAUCAGGUCGUUAUGAUAGCAGUGUUUUUAAAGAGAAGCCAAAUCAAAUUUCGUCGAUAUUUUCAUAUCCACAAAAAGAAAAGCCAAAAUCUUUAUGUGAGCUAUACUUUGAAACGGAACUUGAUCGUCUACAAAAUUCAUCCAGACUACGUCGAUACAUUAGAACCAUGUUUCUUCGUUAUCAAAGAAUUUCAAAAUCUGUUGAGGAUAUGAAUUUUGAAUUGAUGGAACUUAGUGGUCGACUCUGUCUGAUAGAAGCUUUGACGAAAAUCCGCGAAGAUUCAAUUAAAGAAUUAAAUAAAGUUAUUGAUGAUGUUCGAUUAAAUAACUUCGAGCUUUCAGUCAAAGGAGAAACAGUUAAAAGUGAGAUUUUGAAGAUAACUAAAGAAGAUCAACUUGAACAGCAGAUGAUGAAAAAGAAAUUCCGACAGAGAGAGUUUGCAUUGAUGAAAUAA